UAUAACCACUUGACUUCACUUGUCUGACCUUUUUGCAAUUUACUGGAAUUUGCCUCCACAAGGGAAAAAGUAGAUCAUUACAGCACAGUUUAGCUAGAUGGAAGUGGUUUCACUGUAAAGUCUCGCAAGAGACAGUGUGGCACUCUCUAGUGCUGCUACUCAGUUACUUGUGUGCAGCUCACAGCUGUAACAGCUUGUAUUGCAGCAGACGUCUGUUGGAGAACUCCAUAUGUCUGCUCUUUUGCGUAUGUAGUGUGACGUGAAAGGCAUAUGAGGUAACUUCUUUCUGUUUUGAAUCACAGAAUGGUUAAGGUUGGAAGGGACCUCUGGAGAUCAUGUAGUCGUUGCACAGGAUUGUGUCCAGGAAAAGAGGUCACCCUCUCCUGUUUCAGAGCCCCCGUCUGAUCCCAGGAGAACUGAGAGCACUACAUUCUCCCCAGCCUUUAGAGGAGACUUCUUAGGGUAGAGGACAAGGACUUUGGGACUGAAGUAGCAGGCAGUAAGAGCCACUCUUUCUGGAGCCAUCAUGGAACAGGAUAUCCACAGUGAUGGAUCCAGCCAGAUGGAGUGUAUCCUCCUGUACAACUUCCUGCAGAGCUCCUCCAACUGCGAGUUCAGAGAGCAACUGCAGGCUCUACAAAGUCAAGUGAUCUUACCUUCCGUAAAAACUGUCUGUUACUACGAUGAUGAGGGGGAGCUUCAGACAGAUGGGAAUCGGAGUGGCCACUUGCAGAAUGGUGAGCUGGCAUUUGUUCCUGAGGGAAAUGAGGAAAUUCUCCAGAUCAUUGGUGCUCAGCUUGCUGAGAUUGGAGACCGACUGGAUAAAGAAAUCCAUGCAAAAGUAGUAAAUGAUCUUGUACAGCAUUUUCUGAAUGAGAAUCUGUCUAGAGAGGAGAUAACCCGGUGCCUGUCCCAGGCAGUGGAGGGGCUUGCGCGGGCCAUCCCCUCAGACAUGGAACAGGAGAAGGCCUUGUUGGUGCUAGCAAUGGUCUUAACUAAGAAGAUUGCAAACAGAGUGCCCUCCCUCCUACAGCGCGUCUUCAGCACCACUGUGAACUACGUCAGCCAACACCUCCACAACUACCUGGUCAGAAUGCUGUAUGAGUGAGGACACGCUGCUCCAGCUGCCUGUGUGAAAGCUGUGGCUUCCUGAGGACUCUGUACUCUUCUUGAUAUACUAGAAUGAUUUUAAUCCUGAGAUACAGCUGUGAAAAAGGAGGCGCAGCUAUGUAGAUAGGCUUUCAUAGACUAGCACAGCAGUGACUGUGAGUUGCAUGAGUGUCCUGCCAGCACCUGUAAGGAGUAGUGCUUGCCCUCUAGCGGUCUGUCAGAUGGGGG